AUGGAGGACAAUCUGGGCGAGGCUGACGAGGCCGCGAGUGAGGGUGUUGCAGUCGGCGGCGAUGAUGUCGGCCGCGGCGCCGCCGAUGUCAUUGUGUGGCGCGAGGGCGUGGAAGCCGUGCGGCAGGCCACCGAACUCGUCCGCAUGGGAUGGUCGCGCGCCCGCUGGGGCAUGUUUGCGCUUGCGGCUCUUGCCGCUACCAUGCUCGCCACCAACCGCUUGGCGGCCUCGGCUCCGGCCCGUCCUGCCGUCGCCACUGGCGCCACCUCUCGGACGGGCGCAGAAGCUACGCCGUCAGAGGCGCCACACGUGGUGGAUGCACGGAGCCAAGGCGGAGUGAGGGCGGUGCAGCUGCUUUCAGGCCCGCUUCAUCCGCGUGAUCUCCCGCCGCUCCGUGACGCGCUAGCCGCCCGUGGCGCCGGAGCCAACGAGCUGCAUCUGUUUGUGGUCCAGCUCGCAGGCCGGGUGGUCGAUCCCAAGGACCGCGCCGCGGUCGAGACCGCCGUCUUUGGAGGCCGCUCGCUCGGCAAGUACCUCCCGCCGAACGCCUUUCUUGUCGCCGCAGCGACCAGCGAGGCCCUCGCCGCCGCAGAACACCCGGCCGUCGCCUGGGUCGCCCUCCUCCCACCGCAUGCCAAGCACAUGCCCGAUCUGGUCGAGACCAUUGCCGCAGGCGCUGCUCCGGGUGUCAACAUCCUGUGCGCCACUCCUGAUGCCGGCCGUGAGCUCGCCGCAAAGCUGGACGCCCGCUUUGGCGCGGGCGCCCACCGCGGCACCGGCGGCCCGCUCGCCGUCAAGUCCGUAGGCUCCAAGUCAGCCGUUGUCACCGUCACCUGGACUUCAUCGGCACCGUCCAAGGACCAAGCCGCUGUUCUCCUCGACUACCUUGCGUCCGCGCCGCUUGUCGAGUGGAUCGAACCCGUCCAGUCUGUUCGCACCUUUGCCUCCCGUCCCGGCCAGACAGGCGCCCGCGCCCGCGCUCGCGACCACUUUCACCCACAGACCUUGUAGCUACCCCCCUUCCAUCCCAUCGCCAUCGCCAUGACUAGGCCAGGCCUAGUCAAAUCCGUGUUUAACACGAUCGAAUGAAGUGGAGUGGCCACCA